AAUUCGGUUAAUGCGGACUUGCUCUUAGUUGCAGCGACAUGGAAAAUAUUCAAAACAUGUGCGUUGGUGGGCAACGGUGGGAGCUCGGCCGCACGAGGAGGCAAAGCACAGAUGCGGGUUUAGAGGCACUCUACUUCGUAGUCCUUCCUCCCGCAACUUGCGUUCCUUCUCCAUAUACAUAGGGAAAAACAUCAUUGGCAAAGCGAUGGUCAUCCACGCCCUGGAGGACGACCUAGGGCUCGGAAACGCUGUCACAUCAAGGACGACAGGAAAUGCUGGUGCUCGCGUGGCGUGCGGUAUCAAUCACCUUGAUUUCAUCAUUAAACCGAACGGCUGGCUUUCCUUUCGAUCACCGCCUCUUCCCAUCUUCGCUUGUGGCCUGGCGCAACGAUGUCGGAUCACCACAUUUCAACCGCUCAAAGCGGCGGACCCAGCGCCUUGAUAAUCCCCCGAUCGAUUUUCGCUUACUACCCCUCCUUCCUUUGUCAGUUUACUUUCUGCGAGCAGUUUUCACCGGCCAACGACAGGUCUGGGAUUGACAAUUUAGCCCUUUUGGCGAUGCAGAAUGUCGUUCCCCUGAUCCUGCGUUAGCCACCAGCCAACACCUUUUUCUGCCUCUUCCUUCAUUCGCCUCCUCCAUACCGUUCCCAUAAAGCGUAAACUUGAUAAAUCUGGUGCUGAUCCAACCUUUCUGACGAUGUUGAGGGACUUUGGACUACGAUCUCCCUUUAGCCCUUUCUGUUUCAGAGACAAAGACCGUCUUCAUACAAAGCCGCUCCAAAUGGCAAAUGGAUCACACCCUGUGCUCGCAAAU